CAGGCUGGGCUGGGCCCUCUGGUACAUGUACAGGCUGGGCUGGGCCCUCUGGUACAUGUACAGGCUGGGCUGGAUCCUCUGGUACAUGUACAGGCUGGGCUGGACCCUCUGGUACAUGUACAGGCUGGGCUGGACCCUCUGGUACAUGUACAGGCUGGGCUGGACCCUCUGGUACAUGUACAGGCUGGGCUGGGCCCUCUGGUACAUGUACAGGCUGGGCUGGGCCCUCUGGUACAUGUACAGGCUGAGCUGGGCCCUCUGGUACAUGUACAGGCUGGGCUGGGCCCUCUGGUACAUGUACAGGCUGGGCUGGGUCCUCUGGUACAUGUGCAGGCUGAGCAGGGUCCUCUGGUACAUGUACAGGCUGGGCUGGGCCCUCUGGUACAUGUACAGGCUGGGCUGGACCCUCUGGUACAUGUACAGGCUGAGCAGGGUCCUCUGGUACAUGUACAGGCUGGGCUGGACCCUCUGGUACAUGUACAGGCUGAGCAGGGUCCUCUGGUACAUGUACAGGCUGGGCUGGACCCUCUGGUACAUGUACAGGCUGGGCUGGGCCCUCUGGUACAUGUACAGGCUGAGCUGGGCCCUCUGGUACAUGUACAGGCUGAGCUGGGCCCUCUGGUACAUGUACAGGCUGAGCUGGGCCCUCUGGUACAUGUACAGGCUGGGCUGGGCCCUCUGGUACAUGUACAGGCUGGGCUGGGCCCUCUGACACAUGUACAGGCUGGGCUGGGCCCUCUGGUACAUGUACAGGCUGAGCUGGACCCUCUGACACAUGUACAGGCUGGGCUGGACCCUCUGACACAUGUACAGGCUGGGCUGGGUCCUCUGGUACAUGUACAGGCUGAGCUGGGCCCUCUGGUACAUGUACAGGCUGAGCUGGGCCCUCUGGUACAUGUACAGGCUGAGCUGGGCCCUCUGACACAUGUACAGGCUGAGCUGGGCCCUCUGGUACAUGUACAGGCUGAGCUGGGCCCUCUGACACAUGUACAGGCUGGGCUGGGUCCUCUGGUACAUGUACAGGCUGGGCUGGGCCCUCUGGUACAUGUACAGGCUGGGCUGGGCCCUCUGGUACAUGUACAGGCUGGGCUGGGUCCUCUGGUACAUGUGCAGGCUGAGCAGGGUCCUCUGGUACAUGUACAGGCUGGGCUGGGCCCUCUGGUACAUGUACAGGCUGGGCUGGACCCUCUGGUACAUGUACAGGCUGGGCUGGGUCCUCUGGUACAUGUACAGGCUGGGCUGGACCCUCUGGUACAUGUACAGGCUGGGCUGGACCCUCUGGUACAUGUACAGGCUGAGCAGGGUCCUCUGGUACAUGUACAGGCUGGGCUGGACCCUCUGGUACAUGUACAGGCUGGGCUGGACCCUCUGGUACAUGUACAGGCUGGGCUGGGUCCUCUGGUACAUGUACAGGCUGAGCUGGGCCCUCUGGUACAUGUACAGGCUGGCUGGAUCACUCGUCAUAACUGUGUUUGUUGCUUCAGAGUAAUUAUUAUUUGUAUUUAUUAUUUGCUCUCGCAGGAUCGAACUCUUAGCUCUUGGACUCCGCCUUUCAUGACGUCAGUUGCCCGAUGUACUGACUCUCAACCUAUUUCCUCUAUCACAUCCACUACACAUCUUUCUGGUAGAUGUGUAGCUGCACCCCGUAGUAUUUUUCUAUCUCCCAGGUACCUAUUUAGUGCGGGGUUAACAGCGGCAUCAGGUGAAAGAAUCUCUGCCUAUUUUGUACAAACCAUUACUUCUGACCUAUUUCCUUAUCGCAUCAAAUUUUAAAAUUAUGAAUGGGGUGUGUGUGUGUAUGUGUAUGUAUGGACGUGUCUGUGUACGCGUGUACGUACUCACCUAGGUGUGGUGUUAGGGUUGAGCUAAGCUCCUGGCCCCGCCUUCCCAACGUUCGUAGAUUAAAGCAGUGACUCCUCUCUCAGGCGGAUUUCACUUACUGACGGCUCUAACGAACCAUUUUGUCUAACAAAUGAGAACUUCCGUUUCUCGUUUCCACCACCUCCCCCUUUCCCCUUGUUCUGGUGUUCCUAGCUUCUAAGAAUGUUAUUUGGUCUAAUUUGUAAUUUUCCCUCAGAACCUUAUAUGUCGUCGACAGUUAGUCCCUCUCCUCCGACAACUUCUCUUCUGUGUUUAGGUCCAUCUCUCAAUCCUUCAAAUAAAAAGCGAGACCCGUUGCACAUAAUGGAUAAUUUCUAGUUUCCCUUGUCAUUGUUGAGGUGAGAGUUGCAUGGUGUGAGUGCCUAAUGUAGCAUGGGUCUCACCGUUAAUGUGGAGAGGGCCUGGCAAGGCUCCUCUAUCCAUGUGUGUCACUGUUACAAUGACGUUCCGAUGG